AGUGGUGCUGCCAGCCGCUGCGGCAGGUUCGCUGCAGCGCAGCUAACAGGCGCCAGCAUCCCUAGAAAGCAGCGGGAGCAGCUCCUUCUAAGCAGAGUGACCUUAAAGCUCUCUUCCAGCCCAAACAGCUCUUCUUUGACCAGCUCCUUCUAAGCAGGGUGACCUUAAAGCUCUCUUCCAGCCCAAACAGCUCUUCUUUUGCCGCUCCCGAUGCAAUGCCAGAUGCGGAUCCUCCAACUCGGUUGCCAGAUGGAUGCCAGAGACAAGCAGCUGCUGCGCUCGCUGCGCCUGGAGCUCUGCACGGAGGUGCUGGUGGAUGGAGUUGUGACUCAGUAUCUCUACCAAGAAGGGAUCCUCACAGACAGUCAUGUUCAGGAAAUAAAAGCCCAGACCACCACCCAGAGGAGAACCAUGAUGCUCCUUGACAUUCUCCCCAGCAGAGGACCCAAGGCUUUCGAGGUGUUCCUGGAGUCCUUGCAGGAGUUCCCCUGGGUUAAAGACAAGCUGCUGGCGAAGCGUAAGGAGAUGACAGUGCAGGAGCCUGCAGGUGUCCCCGAGCUUGCGGCAGGCGUCCUGGAGGCUGCGCCGACAGACCAGCAGCUGAACAGGCUGGCCCGAGGGCUGGGCGCCGAGUGGGAGCACAUCGCACUGUGCCUGGGGCUGUCGCACACUGACAUCUACCGAUGCAAGGUCCAGCACCCGCACAACCUGCAGUCGCAGGUCCUGGCCGCCCUGGUGCUGUGGAGGCAGCGGCAGGGGAAAGCAGCGACCCUGCGGAGCCUGCAGGGCAGCCUGCUGCGGGAGGAGCUGGACCCGUGGCUGCUGCAGGACAUGCUGCGGUGA